AUUGAUGUUAAUUUGAGCGUCGCGUCGGCCGGUCUUAUUUUUGACGAUUUUUGAAUUAAAUUUGUACUAUAAUAGUGGCUCUUAUAAUCGAUACUUUAGGUGAAAAGUGAUCAAACCUGUUUGCUUUAAACUCUGAAGAUUCGUUUGACCUAUGAUGCCGUUUUCCAGAAAGGUCCACCCUGGGAGACAAUAAGAAAACUGUGUCACUAACAAACAAGCCAGUUUUAAAGCAUUUUUUUUUGCCUUAAUGUACCUAGCAUUAGAGCUCUAAGAGA